AUGCACAAAAUCAACAAAAUCUUGGGCCAGCUUGCACCUCCAGGCAAUGUCAGUUUAAUAGGAGCGCAAAGUACUCGCAGGACGGAAGACGAACGGUACAUGCAAUUAGGGGAGGAUGGCAGAGUUAAAGUUUCACAAUCGCUGACUUCGUUUGUCUCCUAUGUGAGACAACAACGGAUAAUGUGGCCGGCAGAUCUUGUGGUAUUGUUCACAGGGCGCAACAUGACCCGCCCGGGUCCCAAGAAGAAGCCAGUUUCAACAAAAGGAAUGACUUGGAGGAAUGCAACCUGCGGUAAGACGAAGGUGGCAAUUGUGUCGGACUCUGGUGACAUGUACAGAUCUUCCUUGAGCACUGCUCAUGAAAUAUCACAUGCGCUCGGAUCUGCUCACGAUGGACAAGAAGCAUCCAGUGGGUGUCCAGAGAGUGGUCGUCACCUAAUGAACCCCUAUUUUGAAGAGAGAGGAGAAACGUACUCAAGCUGUAGCAAGGCGUCCAUCAAUGCAUUUUUGAAUACACCCCAAGCUAUCUGUUUGUUUGGAGAGGCAGACAUCAAGCAACCUCAAUUCAGCACAAGGCUUGAGAAUAAUCCACAACUGUGGAAUCUAAGGUCUGAAGCAUGUCAAAAACACAUGAGUGAUGGGCAGUCAAUCUCACGCAUUGAGACAAAGCGACCCUGCUACUUUUUAUGCAGCGUUAGCUACAACGAAACAAAAUCAGUUGGAGUUGGAUAUUAUCUACAUGAUAGAGACCAUACGCCCUGCAACAAUGAAAAUCCCUUCCUCACAUGCAAGCGUGGAAAAUGCCAGUAAGCAAAAUUACGAAUGCCUUCUAAUUGGAGUGCUGACUUGAUUGCACACAAAGUUCAGAUGUUUUGAAUAAACAAAAAAAAUAUUUGCUCCUUCCUUGUCAAGUGCUUCAGAAGACUUCUGUGCGAUCCAUAUAACGCCUGAUGCCAAUCAUUAGGCAU